GUGACGUCACCACGCACGGCGUGCCUCAGCCCCGCCCCCUGCCUCGGUGCUAGCAGUUGUUAGCCGCUAGCUGCUAGCUGUUUGUUUAUGACGCGGCUCCGUUAGCCCGGCAGCUAACCCGACAUCUAACCCGGUUUAACCCGGUUCGAGUCGGGCUCUAGAACCAGUCUUUUCGCGCCUUCCCUCACCGUGACCCGCGCGGCGUCAUAAAGACGCGGGAAGACGCUGGUUAGCCGGUUAGCUCGUUAGCAUUAGGCGUUGGUCAGGUUAGCCUAGCUCCGAGGCUAGCACCGUGUAACGUUAUGACGUGACGUCACACCGGAGAGCGGCCGUUUGUGACGAAGUCAAUAAAAAAAAAACCUGAGAGAAGUCUGGAGCAGAGGACAGGACAGGUGUGCGCGAGACACCUGCACGCGCACAGGUAGGGCUUACCUGGACACGAGCUAACGGCAGCUAGUUUGAUGUUAGCAUGGCGUCAGACACGAGCGACACGGAGGACUUCUUCUACGACGCCGCCGAGGACGUGAACUUCUCCCCGUCACCUAAAGUGUCACCUGCAAAGUUUGCCAUUCCCUCGCCUCAGCUUUCACCGAGGUCAGUGAACGCAGCACCAGAUGUGAGCUGUGCAGCCGCUUCAUCUGAGACUCAACAAGACGACUCCCUGCUGAUCAUCGACAGCAUCAUCGAGGAGAGUCAGAAGGGAAGCGUGGCCGAUGAUGGCGCUGAUGUCGGCGGUGUUGCCGAGAUGUCGCAGCUUUUGGAUCAGCUCCACGUCGAUGUCCGAGUGGAGGCGGAGCCACAGGAUGCAGCUCAGGAAGUUCCUGCGCCGUCAGCGGCGCCGCCUGUCGAGCCUCCGCCUGUCCAGGAAGAACAACAGGAAGUAAACGGAGCGUGCUCUCCGCCUGCUGCUGGACCCACAGAACCUCCAGGACCAGCAGCCGAGUCACAAGCGGUUCAGCCUCCGGACAUCACGAGCACCGUGGGACAGAGUCAGCCUGACGGGGCCGACGGGGAGCCGGAGCAGAGACCUGCAGAUAUCUUAGACCAGGUCCCGUUAACGGACCGGCAGGCCGACUCGGACUCCUCCGGGCCCAUGAAACCGCCGCGGCAGUUCACAGUGGAACCGGAUAUUGUAGCCAGCACCAAGAAGCCUCCGCCCUCACGGCCACCCCCUCCCAGCGGAGGUCCUCCACCCAGACCGCCUCCGCCGUCCUGGCAGAGUCUGCCAUCCAAGAAGUCUCAGGAGUGUCUGAGGCUGAGCGGGCUGGAAGUGUCCACGGUCUGUCCGGUCAGCAGCGACGCCCUCGAGCCGUCCGGCCUCGUGUCUCCGAGCAGCACCGUGAGGAGUCUAACCAAAGAGCUGCAGCAUUCCCUGGACCUGGCCAGCGCCACCAGCGGAGACAAGGUGGUGACAGCACAGGAAAAUGAGGACGAGCAGACGUUGUCUCCGAGCGGAGGACAAACUCCAGGACCUCAACGUCCACGAUCCAACUCUGGAAGAGAACUCACAGAUGAAGAGAUCUUGGCCAGUGUGAUGAUCAAGAAUCUGGACACCGGGGAGGAGAUCCCUCUGAUCCAGGCCGAGGAGAAGCUUCCUGCAGGGAUCAACCCGCUCACUCUGCACAUCAUGAGGAGGACCAAGGAGUACAUCACGAACGAUGCAGCUCAGUCAGACGACGACGAGAAGUCUCAGGCUCCGCUGGCGGACUCAGACGGAGGGAAGCUGAAGCAGAAAACAACUCAGUUCAAGAAAUUUUUGGGGAAAUCUGUGAAGAAAGCGAAACACCUGGCUGAGGAGUACGGAGAGAAGGCGGUCAACAAAGUGAAGAGUGUUCGAGACGAAGUGUUCCACACGGAUCAGGACGACCCGUCCUCCAGUGACGAUGAGGGCAUGCCGUACACUCGGCCCGCCAAGUUCAAGGCUGCUCACAGCUUCAAGGGUCCGUUUGACUUCGACCAGAUCAAGGUGGUCCAGGACCUGAGCGGGGAGCACAUGGGCGCCGUUUGGACCAUGAAGUUCUCUCACUGCGGGAGGCUGCUGGCCACCGCGGGUCAGGACAAUGUGGUCCGGAUCUGGGUCCUGAAGACCGCCUUCGACUACUUCAACAACAUGAGGUUAAAGUACAACACUGAAGGUCGAGUUUCACCGUCCCCGUCUCAGGAAAGUCUCUGUUCGUCUAAAUCUGACGACCCCGGGGCGAGCUGUGUUCCAGACGACCCCGAGACCGAAGACAGGAACGCCCCUUUCCGCCAGGUUCCCUUCUGCAAGUAUAAAGGACACACGGCCGACCUGCUGGACCUGUCCUGGUCCAAGAACUUCUUCCUGCUCUCGUCGUCCAUGGAUAAAACCGUCAGAUUGUGGCACAUCUCCAGGAGAGAGUGUCUCUGCUGCUUCCAGCACAUCGACUUCGUCACAGCCAUCGCCUUCCACCCCAGAGAUGACCGAUACUUUUUAAGCGGCUCUCUGGACGGGAAGCUGCGUCUCUGGAACAUUCCUGACAAGAAGGUGGCGCUGUGGAACGAGGUGGACGGACAGACGCGCCUCAUCACUGCUGCCAACUUCUGCCAGAACGGGAAGUACGCCGUGAUCGGGACGUACGACGGACGCUGCAUCUUCUACGACACCGAGCGUCUGAAGUAUCACACUCAGAUCCACGUCAGGUCGACCAGAGGGAGGAACAAGGUCGGACGGAAAAUCACCGGCAUCGAACCUUUACCUGGAGAGAACAAGAUUUUGGUGACCUCAAACGAUUCCCGUAUCCGCCUCUACGACCUGCGCGACUUGUCUUUGUCCAUGAAGUACAAAGGUUACGUGAACAGCAGCAGUCAGAUCAAGGCGAGCUUCAGUCACGACUACUCGUUCAUCGUCAGCGGCUCGGAGGACAGGUACGUCUACAUCUGGAGCACCUACCACGACCUGAGCAAGUUCACGUCCGUACGACGGGACCGCAAUGACUUCUGGGAAGGGAUUAAAGCUCACAACGCCGUCGUCACCUCAGCCAUCUUUGCACCGCACCCCGGCCUCAUCGUCCCCCAGGAGAGCGGAGCCGAGAAACCAGAGGCCGAGUGCAAGAGUCUGGACUCCACCGACUCUGAGACGAUACCCUCAGGAGCCCUGAAGACGGAUCACACCGAGGUUCUGCUCUCGGCGGACUUCACCGGAGCCAUCAAGGUCUUCAUCAAUGUAAAAAAGUACUGAGCACUUGAGAGGCUGUCGGUUCGACCCGCUCAGGCCCGUCUGUCAGAGUCCAGUCCUCCGGAUGAAGGACGGCCCGUCAGCGGCCACGUCACCAACUACCUAACGGCUAACGCUCCGAGCUAACGAAGAGCGCGUGAACAGGGACCGAAACUGGAGGACGGAGCGGACAGACGACACCUUUCUAUUUUAUAUCUUUAAUACCAGGCGACUGUGAACGGUGUGUGUGUGUGUGUGUGU